AUGCAACUAAUCAGGUUAAAGAAAUACGCUUCAGGUGAAUGCGACGUGGCGGGCGGGGCGGGGUCGAUGAACGCGCUCCCAGGUGGCACCAGCUCUCGUUUGGUGCCGUCGUUUGACAUUUCCACGCCGCGGAACGUCACAGCCCUCGUCGGGAAAUCGGCCUACCUCAGCUGCAGAGUGCGCAACCUAGGGAACAGAACGGUGAGUAAGCAAACACAGCAAGUAAGCACA